GACCGUCCCUGUCGUGCAAAGGUGAAAAUAUGGCGCCUUCACCAACAAAGAGGAAGGAUGAUGACAAGAGUAAACAGCGAGGUAAAGAGAAAUCAGGUACCACAAAAGAAGGGGCGGACAAAGACAGGGGAAGAGAGAAGAACCGCUCACGACGCAGUGCUUCCAGCGGGAGCAGCAGGUCCAGCUCAAGCUCCAGCAGCAGCUCAGGUUCCAGCUCCGGCUCCUCCAGCGGCUCCAGCUCCUCUGCCUCUAGCCACUCGGGCUCGUCCAGCUCCCGCUCAUCUUCCUCUUCCUCCUCAUCGUCGUCACCGAGCCCCAGCCGGCAGCGUCAUAACAACAGACGACGGUCCCGCUCAAAAUCAAAAUCAGCAAAGAAGGAUGACCGGGACCGACGACGAAGGAGUCCCACCCCAAAACCCACCAAGGUCUACCUGGGCCGGCUGACCAGAAAUGUCAUCAAGGAACACAUCCAGGAAAUCUUCUCCACCUAUGGCAAGAUCAAGAUGAUUGACAUGCCAAUGAACCGCGUCCACCCCCACCUGUCCAAGGGCUACGCUUAUGUGGAAUUCGAGACCCCCGAGGAGGCCGAGAAGGCGCUUAAACACAUGGACGGAGGUCAGAUUGAUGGUCAGGAGAUCACAGUCACAGCUGUGUUGGCCCCUACAGUGCGUCCUCCCCCUCGCAGGCUGUCUCCGCCUCGCAGGAUGCCACCUCCACCUCCGAUGUGGCGACGCACCCCACCUCGAAUGAGGAGAAGAUCCCGAUCUCCACGGCGACGCUCUCCGGUGCGUCGCAGGUCCCGAUCGCCUGGCCGCCGCCGUCACCGGUCGCGCUCCAGUUCCAACUCCUCACGCUAGAGAUCAGGAAAACCCCUCUGGAUCUGUUAGUCUGCUGUGUUCUUUUUGAUCAAAACAUACAUGAAACAAAUAUUUUUAUGAUUAACCGUCUCACACCCAAAUCAUUACUGUGUACCCUGGGCAGAUAGUUUAGAGUCAGGGUUUUAUGCUAAUGUAACAUUGAGAAAAAUAACUUAAAGGUGCUAUAUGUAAGAACUGUCCACCUGUUGAUUUCAUACUCCACAUUCCAAACCAACUAGGGGCAGCAUAUCACCAGAAAGUUGGGGUAUCUGUCACGUUACGCUAUGUUAGCACUGAAUCUAUAGUGCUUUGUCAGUGCUCUUUUAGCUAGCUAAUAAAAAAAAUUUAAAAAAGGGGGAUUUAAAAUAUGAAAGCAAUAUCAAUUCAGUGCUAAAUUUGAGCUAACAUUUGCUUCCAAAGAGGAAGUAUCGCUGCCCUUUCAUGUUGCGCUGAGGGCAAACUGGCCGCUACAGUGACUCUAAUGUCAGCAACAUCGGUUAACCUGAGGACACAUUGCAACAUCAGUUAACAAGAAGAAAGUUUGCAACAUACACCUGUGCAAUAUGUGCUGCAAUGUUAGGAAUUGUAAAAUCAUAUGGUUUGACCCCAUGUGAGCAGCUUUGUUUAUAGAAUAUUACAUUUUCCCAGGGCAAGCUGGGGCUCACUAUGGCCUAGAGUUACAAGGUGAUAUAUCAGACACGAUCGGCUGGGGCUAGCUUGUUAGGAUGCUAACUUAGUCGAUAUCUCUGCAACCCAAUACAUAGAUGUCUCUGACAUACUGUCAAAACUGUUACUUGUUAACAAUGUCAAAUGUUUUGGUUAAAUUGUGAAUGUUUUAUACUAAAGUUCUUACAUAUAGCGUCUUUAAAUAGUUGUAAAGCUAAAUGGCAGUUUACUGGUGAAGAAUGAAGAAACUCUCCCACUGUACUAAACAAGGCAGCUUCUUACACCCACUUUCAAUGUUAAUAGAGGUCCUUUGUUGAGAAUAACUAAGAUUUAGAUUUUCUGAUAAAUAUCCAUUUCCUCUUUUUUAUUAGUAUCCUAGUUACAUUUUUGGAUUCAAAACAUUUAAAGGUGGAUGGGUAGAUUUAGCCAGUUAAAUGCCAGAAAAAACAGAAAUACAGUAUAAACAGAUGAAGGCCAAAACUACAUUUUGUCAAAAGGUCUAAAAUGUCUUUUCUUUUAGAAUGAGCUUUCAAAAAAAUUGACUUCCAUCCACUACUGCUUCUCGCACUGUUAACAAUAACACUUCCCCCUCUCAAACAACUUUUUAUUUUGACUGACUGUCAUGUAUUGAAGUUUUUGCAUGGAGACAUGGGGUAAAUCAGCAAUUCCUGGGAACACAUGAAUUAUUCUACCAUCUGUUUUCUCAUCACUAAACAUAGACGUUUGCUUAAAAUAAUUCUACAGUUCAACAUGGUAAUCACAGUAUGUUCUGAAAUCCAUUUGGCAGGGCCUACAUGUCCACUUUUUGGGUUCUCUAGGCUCAGUUUAAAAAAAAAAAAUGUAAAUAGAGAUUUUAAAUGGUGCUAAGGGUCAUAAUUUAGAUAUCAAUCAAUCCUGUUUUUUAAGACCGUUCCUACUGUAACCCUCCUUUUUAAUUUGGAAGUCACACAGUCAAUCUGAUAUUAUGGCAAUAAAGAGUCAAGAAGAGGUUGGACAAAAAGACAGAAAUAUCACAUAAUACAAUAGCCCUGCAGUAAAGGGCAGUCUGGGAACAUUUAUGCUGUUUGUCAUUUUAAACUCUCAGAGGCAUGGAUGGGAUGGUGUUGGAAUACUGUAACAGCUGUUGUCUUAAAGGUGCUUUCCCUGUGCUUGAUAUAUGCUGUCAUUUUGCAGCUUUCCUCAUCAUCAGAUGACAUAGCAGGAGUGUGUGAGUGUUACAGCAGGGUUUUGGCUUACAGUAAUUACAAAGGCAGCUAUAAAGGUGAGUCAUAUGAAGUUAAAUAGCAGUUUAUUGAACUGUAAGUCUAAAAAUGACACUUAACUAUUACAUUAUCAGAUUCUGUAAAAAAGGUUUUUUUCUCCUGCUUUUUAUGCAUCAAACUGUGAUCUUCUGAUCCAGACGUUUGUGAUGUGGAAAUGAUAAUUGUGUUUUUGUUUUUCUCUCUGUGGUGGACCGAUAAACCCAGUGUGACCGGUCGUCCAUGUCUGAGUGUGUGUGUGUGUCUUUGCGCACAAUAGUAUACGUUUUACACAAAUCUCAUUUUGUAUAGCUAGCUAAAUGUGUGGUUCAACUUGCGGCUUGACAAUAAAGGUCAUGGUUCAAACGUUCAAAACUUUUUUUUGUUUGUGAUUUCACUCCGUUACGCCUUCACUGAGGUCAUUUUAACGAGGAACUUUGAUCAUCCAGUAACAAACACAGAGGUGUUGCUUCCUCUCUGCAUGAGCAAUGAGAGGGUGUGUGUUUCCUCCUAUUUGCAGCAUUUAUACCCAGAAGUGUUUACCUUGUAAGUCAGAGAUCUACCGCUCUGUGACCAGAACGUAUAAGACCAGCGAGUGGUUGACUUUUACCAGAUCUUUACUGUACAAAGACACGUUGAUCACCUUGGACUCAGGAUGGCUUUCUCCAUUAGAUUUGGACUGCUUUGCAUGUGCUCUAUCAUGCUGCUUUUUCUCCCUGCACAAGGGCGUUUUCAGCUUACCAUGACUGAGUCCCCCGAAGACCCAUUGCAACCCCAGUGCUGCACGCAGUGCUCCAAAGCUAGAAUCAACCACACCAGCAUCAUCAGCUGCCAUAUACAGAAACAAAUCACAUUCCGUCAGUGUCCAAUAGAUGCGUACAUCUUGGAAACGUACCAGCAUAAGCAAUACUGUGUGGAUCCAACUGCUAAGUGGCUCCCAAGGAGACUUGAGAGGUUAAGAAAGAGAGGAAUAAUUUGUACAGACCUUUAACAAAGCCGUCAAUAAUCAAGAUGAGGAUGUUGCAACAUGACCUUCUGAGCAGAAUGGUGGCACUAAUUUCUGUUAAACUUUUCUAACUUUGAUCAAAUGUUUUACUUUCUAUAUUUUUCGAUACAUAUUUACCAAUGGCUUUGCAAAAAAAAUGUUGUCUUGGUGCUGUUUUUGUAAUGAUAUGCUGUAUUCACAGCUUGGGACACACAUCACUGAAAAUACUGAUGUAUAUUUUUCAUCUUAUGAAACCUGUCACCUGUAGUGAGUUCUUCUAAAAUAUGACUUAUUUUCAAGUUUGGAAUCAAGGAAAAUAUAAUAUCAGCUACAUUUUGGUAAAUACAGUUCUUCACUUUGUUGCUGAAAGUUAGUCUCAUGUCUGUAGGAUUAAGUUAUAGUCAGUAUUGCCUACCUUAUAGUAUAAAGACUGCUGGGAAACAACUAGUAAAGCACACUCCGUCCAAAGCUCAAAUAUCCACCUGCAACAGAGUUUGUUUGAGUUUUAUGUGGAGUUGAACAGAAUUGGAAUAAAUAUUUCCCCAAA